ACGGAGAUGACCAACUGCAGCCCACUUCCUGCCCUGUACCACUGGUCAUUCCAGACAGACAGCCAGGUGAACACCAUAAGGUUCCUCCCGUCACCACCUACAUUCAAACCCCAGUCAUCAAAGAAGGAGCAAGUGUUUCCAAGGAGACACUCCAAGACUGAAGGUGUGGAGGAGCCAACCAAAGCCCCGGAAGCAAUGCAGGAUCCUGCUUGGGAGAAUCCUGCCCAGCAGCCAGCAGAUGCAGAGGACUCCCUGGAAGCAGAGGAGCUGUCAUCCACUGCUGUGGAGCCUCAGAAGCUGGUGAGGAUGAGGGGAUUGAGUCAAUUCACAGCAGUGGAGCACCUCAACUUGGGAAUACAGGAGGUUUUCAAUGUCCAGCCACUGUGGGGUGUGCUGCCGCCGGGCCAGAGCGAGCUGGUCACCUUCAGCUUCUUUGGCCACGCCAACAUCGUCGCCCGUGUCACGGCGCUCUGCCACGUGGAGGGGGGCCCCACCUACGAGGUGGCACUGGCCGGGGCGGCUUCAUGCCCCAGCUACCAGCUGGACAUGGAGGAGAUCGACUGGGGGCUGCAGGUAUUUAACCAAGUCCUCAAAGCAGAGGUCACCCUGCGGAACACCGGGGUGGUUGAAUUCACCUAUGUGGUGCCAAACAGCAGCACCGGCACUGCAGCAAACCCUCUGCCUGGUGUGCCCGUGGUCGUGCCCACCACAGGUUCCAUUGCGCCUGGCAAAGAGCAAGUGUUGAAAGUCUAUUACCUGCCAGGAAGGCCAAGAGUCUUCUGCACGACUUUCCAGGUUCAAGUGGGUUGUCUGGAACCAGCAGAAAUCCGCCUGAAAGGAGAGGGGGCCUUCCCUGUGAUUACCAUGGACCUACCCUGGAUGUUGAAAGGAAAUAAAAAAUAUGAGAAGAUACUGAAAGAGAUAAGACACAACAUGGAAAUACCCAUAAAGGGCAGCGAACCAUCUAUUCUGAGCCUGGAACAAUGCACGGAUGACUCUGAUGCCAAGAAGGAGCAGUGUUCACUUUCUGUAGAGGACUCGGAGGAGGAAAGUGAAGAGAUACUGCAAGAGGAAGAAGAAAACCUGAAGGAAGAAGGACAGAGAAGUGAAUCAUAUUAUCUGUGGUCAUCUGCAGUCAUGGAGUCGCCCAUGGAGUCGUCCCGGAAGUCAUCCAGGAAGUUGUCCAUGAAAUCAUUGAUGGAGCCAUCCAUGGAGUCAUUUAUGAAGUCAUUCAUGGAGCCACCCAUGGAGUCCUCCCCAGAGUCAUACAAGGAUGAGUCUGGCACCAUUUGGGAGACUUGGAUGCAGAUGGAGAUAGAGAAGAAGCUGAUAGAGGAUCGUGUUCUGGAGCUGGAGAGAGCUGUCGCCUCCUGUGGCCCGAACGACAGGGUCUUUAAUAAGCAGAUGCGCCAGAGUCUUGUCAACAUUGAGCUGUCAGAGUACAUCCUGAGGAUGGGCAAGGUCCCUCUCAAUGAAUCUGUAAGUCAUACUGUGACCAUCAGCAACCCCGGGCUGCUGCCAGUGUCCUUCCAGGCCGAUGGAAGUGUCCUGCAGCACACAGGUUUCAGCGUGGACCUGGACCACGUGCAGGGCCUGACAUACUGCCACUCCCACAAAUUUGAAGUGCACUUUAAUAGUGCCAACCUCCCACUGGGAGAAGUGGAUGUGCUCCUGCCCAUCAAGGUAGCAGGAGGCUGCACAGUUCACAUCCAUUUCUAUGCCACUGUGAUUGACACCUUCUCCACCAAAUGCAAAUUACCCAGAAAGAGACAGAAGAGCAAUGGCAGCAAGAUCUUGAGGAGCUCCAAAAGUGGUACUGCCAACCUUGCAAGUUCAUCUGAGGAUAAAGAACCUGAAUCUUCCAUAUAUUCCUCAAAAGACAAACCUUGAAAAGUUCAGUCCUGAAGUUCUUUCUGAAACUGGUAAUGUCUUUAUGAAGAAGUUUUCUUACACUAAGCCAGUGAAUGCUUUUACAUGUGAUCACAUGGAAUUUCACUUACUCUGAAGGACUCAAUGAAUGAAGAAGCUUAACUGAGUGAUAAGAACCUGGAGGACUGGCAUCAGCACCCCUCAUUUACCAAUAAAGCAGAGAAAAUAAUGUCAAAUGCAAAGAAAUCCAUGAACGCUGAGCUCUGUACCCAGGCAUGGUGCAAAUUUCAUGAGAUCCUGUGCAGUUUUUCUCUUCUCCCCAAAGAAGCUCUUCAGGACGGAGAACUGAAUUCUGUCCACCUCUGUGAAGCACCUGGAGCUUUUAUAGCCAGCCUUAACCACUACUUGAAGUCCCACCAUGUCCCUUGCCAUUGGAAUUGGGUAGCUAAUACUCUAAACCCGUAUCAUGAAGCCAAUGACACCCUUAUGAUGAUCAUGGAUGACCGUCUGAUAGCAAAUACGUUACCGUGGUGGUACUUUGGCCCAGAUAACACUGGGGAUUGUGGCAGACUCGUAGAGAGAAGAUUCAUGGUCAGGUGUGAGAUGGAUGACACUGAUUAUGUGGAUAAUUAUGACUAAACUUGUUGCUAAUACAGUAUCUAGCUAUUGUCAAUGCAGUAUAAAAUAUAAGCAGGUCUAAAGGGUUUUAAUAUAAGCAGGUUUGGCUAGAAAUGUAGAGGUUUAGAGUCUUUGGCACUGCAGAACUCACACUGACAAAGUAACAAAGCACCUCUGGAGCCACUUCAGGAUUUUAUCUCCAGAUGUGACUGGAUCUUAGUUGGAUCUGCACUCAGAGGCACCAGGAAGCCUGGUGGGGCAUGCAAGGAGCUCAAGUGGCACAGGGGGAGGGUGGCACAUGCCUUUCCACACUUGCUCCUUGCCAGGCACAAUGGAACCCUGCAGGGGAUGGGAGAAGAGGGAGGGAAUGAACCAAAGAAGCUUUGAUGGGGGAUGGCUCAGGGGACAGACAGGCUGAGAAGACAGGUUCUCAUCUAGAAGAAAACAUCAGCCCACAUCACCUUCGAACUUCCUUGUGCCCAAAAGCUCGAGCCUCUGAGCCCAGGGUGCAGCGAGUCCUCCUGAGGACUCACAAGCCCCAGCACAGCCUGCUGUGAGCACAGCUCUGCUGCUAACAGGACUUGCCCUCUGCCAGCAAGAGCCAUGUUGAGCAAAUAAAAGCUCUUUUGCCAGAUGCUUUGUAAAAAAAUCUCAUUUGA